GUGGAACAGAAUGGCACUGUGCUGUUGGUUGCAGGGGGUUCUUCUGAGAACAGCCUGGUGUCUGUUUCCCCAUACAGAAGAGUUUUCCCAAUACAGAAAUGUGCACUGGGCUCACAAGAUGUGAUUUCCAAGAUGUGCAGCAGGGCUGAACGUGGAGCAUCUGCUUGUGUGUACGUGGGGGUUCUGUAUUGUGCUGGGGAACUGUGGAGGAUUCACAACUUGGAUUCACUUCUGCAAUUGGUGAAGAAUUGUGCGCUCUAAAAAAGGCAAGGGAAACCAAGUGCUGAAGUGUGGUCAGCUUUACAAAUAAAAGCUGGGUUGGGUGGCUGUUAGCUCACCCUCUGAGCAGUCUCUCUUGGAAGCUGUGCCACUUGCAGUAAGCGGAGAGGGGAGGAGAACUGCAGCUGCCAAGGGCAAACAGAGCUUCUUCCAGUGCAAAGCGGGAUGGAUCCUUUAUGCCUUCUGAAAUGGGCCUCAGAUGGAGAAAUCUGAAGGCACUGCGGCCCAUGCUGCCAGAUGGGCUUCCUGAAAUCCUCUGAGAUACAGCCACUGUUGUACGACUGCCCCAUAAUGAAACAUUCCUGUCUUAUCUCCCUUAUGUGCAGAGGAGACAGAGCAGGAACAUACCAUCAUUUUUAGUGCUCUUUGCAUCUGAUCACAGAAUCAUCAAAUGGCCUGGGUUGAAAAGGACCUCAAAAAUCAUGUAGUUUCAGCCCCCCUGCCACAGGAAGGGUCACCAACCACUAGACCAGGUGAGAAUAGAUACAAACACCUACCAUCUCCCUACACACACUGAGCCAAAUCCCAUCGAUUUUCCACUUGGUAAUGGCAUCACUCAGGAGCUCUGUGGCCAAACAUGAGAAGGGAGAAGCAUGGAGAUAAAAAGGGAUUGUUGUGAGUGAUGUAAGCAAUGGAGUUAUGAGUAAAGCCAGGAAGAGCGGGAUGAGAUUUGGAAAAGGAAAAAAAGGUGGAGUGAAGAAAUUCAUGCUAAGGGAAGUUAUGGUCUCUUUCAAAACAAAGGGGAAAAAUGUGAUUUUAGAUUUUAUUCUUUUUUCCAAACAAUGGUGAAAAAAAAAAAAAAAAAGUGUAAGAAGGGUCUGUAGAAGAACCAGAGUGUGAGGCAUAAAAGACAGCAGACACGAUAGAAGGAGCAGAGGGUGCCCAACAGGUGGCUGCAGCCAGACGCAGAUUAAUGGACAUCCGAACACACUUGAAAGCACCUGUGAAGAUCUUCUCUGCGUCUCCUUAAUCGCAGCGAGAAAAGCACUGCAGAACAAACCUGAGGCAGCAGCAGCCACGGAUAUGGCUUUUCCCAUCCUCAAGAGCCGCGUCUCUUGAUUUGGUCCAAGGAAGGAUCUGUGCGCGUCGUUCAAGGGAGCGUUAUGAAUAAACAAAAGGCACGCCGAAAUGCCUCCCCUUAGUGAGGGUAAACGAUGCUCCAUCAGGACGGCGUUUGGUAGCAGCCGCUCUGCCCUGCAUUUAGCUGACAUUCAGCUUUGACAACGCUCAGUCGGAGGUGCUGCAGAAAGUUUGCUCUGUUGGAUCUUCACCACUGAGACCCAGAAUGUACUGGUGCGUGGGGACGGAGGAAUCUGCUGUUUCCAGAGAGAGCAACAUGGAGCCACAGGACGGAACUGUGGGCAUGGGUGGCAAACAGUCCACGGUUGGCGAAGUCUCCAUAACUCAGACACCCGUGACAGAAAGCAUUCAGGCUGCUUACAAAGCUGGAGACGCCGCUAAAGCCCAAGAGUUGAUUAAGUUGUCGUGUGAGGAGACUGCGCUGCAGGUGGAAAAGUGUCAGCUUUUAGGUAUCGCAGCAGCAUAUGGAGAUCUGCAGGCAGUGAGGUAUUUACUGAAGGAAGCACUAGUGGUGUUACCAACUGAACCUAAUGAUGACAACGCAGCUGUGGUUGCCACCUAUUUUGGACAUAAGGAUGUUGUGAAAGAACUGCUGGAUUCCCUGCGUGGUCCCAAUACUUGCCAACAGCUCCUGAACUGGAUGCUGGCCAUCGCCUGCCAGCAGGGACAUUUGGACAUAGUGAAGCUGCUGAUUCGUGCAUACAGUGCUGACCCCGAGAGCUGUGCAGUCAGGAGGAAUGAGUUCCCAGUUCUUAUACGGUUGCCUCUGUAUGCUGCUAUAAAAGCAGGGAAUGAAGAUGUGGCUGUGUUCUUACUGCGGAAUGGGGCUUUCUUUUGUUCCUACAUCCUGAUGGACAGCCCUGAGUCCAGCAAGCACCUUCUGAGGAAGUACUUCAUCGAGACCAGCCCACUACCAGGUAGUGCUCCAGCAAAAACAGCUUUGUGCGUGAACUGGUCAAACCUCAAACUGCCCUGGGUGGAUCUGGACUGGCUGAUUGAUAUCUCCUGUCAGAUAACAGAGCUUGAUCUGUCUGCCAACUGCCUCGUCUCCCUUCCAUCCGUGGUCCCAUGGGGCCUGAUGAACCUGAGGAAGCUCAGCCUGGCUGACAAUCAGCUGGCAGAGUUACCCAGCGUACAGUCAUCCGAUGAGAUUAUAUGUACAAGGUUACUUGAGGUUGAUGUAUCCAGCAACAAACUUUCUACUCUCCCUUCUGGAUUCCUACAUCUUAAAAACCUUAAAAAACUCAACGCUGCCAAAAACUAUAUGGAGAAGUUAUUUGACGAGGAAAACACAACUAAUUGGAUUGGCUUAAGGAAGCUGCAGGAGUUUGACGUCUCUGACAACAGGUUGGUGGAACUUCCAACGGUUUUUCUAUACUGCUUCAAGUCCCUAAACAUACUGAAUGUUUCCCGAAAUCAGCUGAAAGUGUUUCCAGACCCCUGGGCCUGCCCCUUGAAAUGUUGCAAAGCAUCCAGAAACUUGCUGGAAUCCCUACCUGACACAUUCACUGUUUUCUGGAAAAAUCACCUCAGAGAAGUGGAUUUUUCUGAGAAUUCACUAAAAGAAGUUCCACCAGGGCUUUUUCAGCUUGAAGCUUUGGUGUCCCUGAAGUUGCUGGGAAAUCACUUAACUACGUUACCUUCGCAAGAUAAGUGGAAUUGCAAGCAGCUUAAAUCACUGGAUCUUUCAAAAAACCAGCUUGGGAAGAAUGACGAGGGAUAUAAAACAAAGCGGAUUCCCUUUUUCACAACGAGGAGCAGGGUGCGUGGAGGCCCAGAGGCAGGUCCUUUUGUGGAGUUCCCAGCAUUUCUGAGCGAUUCUCUGGAAGUCCUUUAUCUGAAUGACAAUCAGCUGGAGUCCGUCCCGCAGUCCGUUUGCCUUCUGAAAGGUUUAACAGAACUUUAUUUGGGAAAUAACCCUGGUAUCCGAGAGCUUCCUCCAGAACUUGGACAGCUGGCUAAUCUCUGGCAGCUGGAUAUCGAGGAACUGAGUAUCAGCAAUGUUCCUGCAGAGAUCAGAAAGGAGGGCCCUAAAACAGUUCUGGCGUACCUACGAGCACAGCUGCGCAAAGCAGAGAAGUGUAAGCUGAUGAAGAUGAUCGUCAUUGGUCCUCCACGACAGGGAAAGUCAACUCUGAUAGAGAUCCUCCAGACAGGAAAAGUCCCUCAGAUGAUGCACAGCGAUGCCACCAUACGUACAACAAAAUGGGAGCUACCCAAGCCAGUGGGACACAAGGCAAAGGUUGAUUCAGUGGAGUUCAAUGUCUGGGAUAUCGGAGGCCCAGCGAGCAUGUCUACAGUCAAUCAGUGUUUCUUCACAGACAAAGCAUUGUACAUAGUUGUAUGGAACUUGGCACUGGGGGAAGAAGCUGUGGCAAACUUACAGUUCUGGUUGCUGAACAUUGAGGCCAAAGCUCCAAAUUCAGCAGUGUUAGUGGUAGGAACACACCUUGACUUAAUUGAAACCAAAUUCCGUGUUGAGAGGAUAGCAACGCUGAGGGCUUACGUCCUGGCUCUCUGUCGCUCUCCCUCUGGAUCCAGAGCAACUGGUUUCCCAGAUAUCACGUUCAAGCACCUGCAUGAGCUCUCAUGUAAGACUUUGGAAGGCCUCGAGGGACUCCGACAGCUGAUUUUCCAUGUCACUUGCAACAUGAAGGAUGUUGGCAGCUCAAUUUGCUCACAGAAACUUGCUGGGAGAUUGAUUCCAAGGAGUUACCUUAGCCUUCAAGAAGCCGUCCUUGCAGAACAGCAUAAAAGAAGUCAGAAUGAUGAUGUGCAGUAUUUAACAGACAGACAGAUAGAGCUGAUCAUUGAGCAAACCCCUGGAAAUGAUAUCAAAGAUUACGAGGACUUGCAGACUGCGAUUAAUUUCCUCAUAGAAACAGGUACACUACUGCAUUUCCCAGACACAAGCCAUGGCCUGAGAAAUCUCUACUUCCUUGACCCCGUCUGGCUCUCCGAAUGUCUGCAGAGGAUUUUCAACAUCAAGAGCUCCAAGUCUGUAGCUAAAAAUGGAGUCAUCCGAGCAGAGGAUCUCAGGAUGCUGCUAGUUGGGACGGGCUUCACUGAACAAACUGAAGAGCAGUACUUCCAGUUCUUGGCCAAGUUUGAAAUUGCUCUGCCAGUAGCCAAUAACAGCUACCUCCUCCCUCAUCUGCUUCCUACCAAGCCAGCGUUAGAUAUCCAUGGGUUCUGCCACCAGACCACAAAUACCAUCCAGAGGGUCUUCAAGAUGAGUUUUGUCCCAGUUGGCUUCUGGCAAAGAUUCAUUGCACGAAUGUUAAUUAGCCUGGCAGAGAUGGACCUGCAGCUGUUUGAAAACAAGAAGAACACCAAGACGAGAAACAAAAAGGUGACCAUCUACAGCUUCACAGGCACCCAAAGAAACCGCUGCAGCACGUUCCGAGUCAAAAGGACUCACACUGUUUACUGGCAGGAAGGUCUGUUCGUUACCUUUGAUGGAGGCUAUCUUAGUGUUGAGUCUUCUGAUGUCAACUGGAAAAAGAAAAAAAGUGGGGGAAUUAAAAUCAUUUGCCAGUCAGAAGCGAGAGACUUUUCAGCCAUGGCGUUCAUCACAGAUCAUGUCAACUCUUUGAUAGACCAGUGGUUUCCUGCACUCACAGCCACUGAGAGCGACGGUACGUUGCUGAUGGAGCAGUACGUGCCCUGCCACAUCUGUGCUGCUUCCAGGCUGGAGGAUGAGUGUGGUGAGAGGGCAGAGGAUGCACAGUACUUCAACAUGGAAGACUGCGUCCUGACUGCCAUUGAACUGGACUACAUCACGUGCCCCAACCACCCCGAAAUCCCUGUUUCUCUCCAAGAGCUGGUCCCAGAGCUCUUCAUGACAGAUUUUCCUGCCAGAUUGUUCUUGGAAAACAGCAAACUGGAAUGGAGUGAAAAUGAAAACAACGUUCUUGGCCAGGGUGGAAGUGGGACUGUUAUAUAUCGGGCACGAUACCAAGGAAAACCAGUGGCUGUGAAGAGAUUUCAGAUCAAAAAAUGCAGUGGUUCUCCCACUUCAGCUGCAGAUACCAUGCUGAAACACCUGAGAGCCAUGGAUGCCAUGAAGAACUUCUCUGAGUUCCGCCAGGAGGCCAGCAUGCUCCACUCGCUGCAGCACCCCUGCAUUGUCUCCCUCAUUGGCAUCAGCAUCCAUCCACUCUGCUUUGCGCUGGAGCUGGCCCCUCUGGGCAGCCUCACCACUGUCUUAUCUGAAAACUCCAAAGGGUCUUCCUUUGUGCCGCUGGGACACAUGCUGACACACAAAAUAGCAUAUCAGAUUGUCACUGGCCUUGCCUACCUGCAUAAGAAGAACAUCAUCUUUUGUGACCUGAAGUCGGACAAUAUCUUGGUGUGGUCCCUGGAUGUCAAGGAACACAUCAACAUCAAGCUGUCUGACUAUGGGAUCUCUCGGCAGUCGUUCCAUGAAGGAGCACUCGGGGUGGAAGGCACACCAGGCUAUCAAGCCCCUGAGAUCAGACCUCGCAUAGUCUAUGAUGAGAAGGUUGACAUGUUCUCCUAUGGGAUGGUGCUGUAUGAGUUGCUGUCCGGUCAGCGGCCUGUGCUAGGGCAGCACCAACUGCAGAUAGCAAAGAAGCUGUCAAAAGGGAUCCGUCCUGUUCUUGGUCAGCCGGAGGAGGUGCAGCUGUAUAGGAUGCAGGCACUCAUGAUGGAGUGCUGGGACACUAAGCCAGAAAAGCGUCCGCUGGCCAUUUCUGUGGUAGGACAGAUGAAAGAUCCCUCCUUUGCAACAUUCAUGUACCUGCUGCCCUGUGGGAAGCAGUCGUCUUUCUUCUGCUCCCAAGGACAGGAAUACACUGUGGUUUUCUGGGAUGGGAAGGAAGACACCAGAAACUACACUGUGGUGAAUCCAGAAAAAGGGGUCAUAGAAGUGGAGAGGAUGAGCUGCCCCGGGAUGAAGCUGUGCUGCCAACUGAAAUUUCAGAAUGCCCUCUGGGCUGCCACGGAGGACCAGAAGAUUUCAGUGUACAGGCUGCAGGGCAUGUGUCCUCUGAAGGCCCCACAGAAGUGUUUGGACUCUCCUGCUGCUGUCAGCUGCUUCCUGGUGAUUCCUGUUGUUAAAAAGAACUCAUACAUGGUGCUGGCCGGUCUGUCAGAUGGACUCGUAGCAGUGUUCUCAGUGGCCCAGGGCAUCCCAGCGGACAGCUGCUCCUACCUGUGCUCCCACACAGCCAACAGGUCCAAAUUCAACAUUCCCGACGAUGACCCACGGCAGAACCCGUACCCGGUGAGGGCCAUGGAGAUCGCCAACAGCGGCACGGAGGUGUGGUACAGCAACGGCCCCGGCGUCCUCGUCAUCGACUGUGCUGUGAUGGAGAUCAGCAGGAGGCUGGAGCCCUUCAGCCCGCCCUCUGCCAUCUCAUCCAUUGCCUGCAACUCGGAGUGCCAUGGGGAGGAGGUGGUGUGGUGUCUGGACGAGAAGAGUAACUUCUUGGUGAUGUACCACGCCGCCACCUACCAGCUCUGUGCACGCUACUUCUGUGGAGACUGCAGCCCCCUCAGAGACAUGUUUGCCAUCCAGCAGCCUGCCACAGCCAUCCCUGCUACUGCUCCUAUCAACCCCAGAGCGCUGGAGGGGAACUCGCUGGUGGACAUGAGCAUCAUCUACAGCCCCGAGGUUGGCACCCAGAUCCUCAACCACCAGGACUCACUCACGGAUUAUUGCUCCGUGUCCUCCUACUCCUCCUCACCUCCCAACAGGUUAACCCGGUGCCCCUCCAGCCUGCCCAGCUCACCCACCAGCUCUUCUAGUGCUCCACUCUCCACAGAUUUUGAGGAGUCGGGCAAAUUUCAUGAACUGAAGCCUUCCCCGGAUCACGAUGCUGUGCCUAUGGGUGACAACUCACAGCAUCUCCAAGCCAUCAAGAUUCUGCCUGUGAAAGACCUCGUAUGGAUCCCCAGGAGAGGAGGGGAUAUCAUCGUGAUUGGACUGGAGAAGGAGUCGGGCAUGCAGCGGGGCCGAGUGAUCGCCGUGCUGAAGGCCGGGGAGCUGGCUCCCUAUGGGACGCUGGUGGAUGCUGCUCUCAUAGCAAAGGACACGGUUGUGUGCUGCUUUCAGAAUGAAAACACCGAGUGGUGCCUGGCUGUCUGGAGGGGCUGGAGUGCCAGAGACUUUGACGUUUUCUACCAGGCCUACGAAGAGCUGGGACGGCUUGAAACUUGCAUGAGGAAGAGGAGGUAGUGCUCGUGGCACUGGAAACCGAGGUCUGAUGGAAGAGAGAAGCAUCCUGCCCUGAGCAUGCAGCCCCACACGGGGAGGGGAUGGGGUGCACAGAGGGUACCACUGUUUUGCUGCUAAUGAGCUCCAUGGGGUUUUGGCAGCAGAACCCAGCAGGGCUUUGGGGACAGCCCAGCAGGGGCAGGAUGUGGGCGCUGGGCGCUCUCCCUGCAGCUGAGAGCAGGAGGUGGCUGCAGCUCAGGGAGUGAGCGAGCUAUUGAAUUGCACUCCUGCAAAGUCAGUUGUAAAAUAGAGCUGAUACAAAGCAAAGCCACUUGGGCUGACAGCUACUUCCUGAUGGGAGAGAAGGGAGAGCUCUGUGACCAGGGAAGCCCAUAAGCUGCCUUUGUUCUGCUCCUCUUUCUCUUGGUAGCUACACUCUGGAGUAGCAGGAGCACAAUAAGCUUCAUUUGCCUGUGUAUCUGCUCAGCUUCCGCCGCUGCAGCUUUUAGUUUGUCUUCAUUAGUGGCCCAGGAUGCUUUAUUGGCUCUGAGUUGCACUUCCUAAUUCCGAGCAUGUACAGCGUUGUAAAAGGAGCCUGGCUCCGUGCCCUGUGUAAAGGUGUACAGUUUGGACAUUUCUUGUUUUUCUAUUCCAAGAAACUUGUGUGAGCAUCGGCUGCGUGGGCCGAGGUCUGGUUCACAUCCUUGUUGCAGGCUGCUACAAAACACUUUGUGUCUAAAGAGGGGUAUCUUCAAAUAAACAGAUUCCUCCCCACCUUGGCACCAUGGCACAGGCACUUGUGGUGGGCAAUCUGCUGCAGGGGUUCGGGUUUGUGAUGCCUGGCACCUGGUGGUGACUUCCAGCUUCAUUUGGUUGUGUGUAUUCUUUGCAAAACCACUACCUGGAAGAGCCACAGUGGCUCCGUGUUGCCCUGAGCACCCCGGGCACAGCUUCAUCUUCUGCACCCCAGGCUGGCCUUUGCCCUGCAGCUCCAGUCCCAACCUCAGCAUCACCUCAGUGGGCACAAAGCUGCCUUUGUCCUGCUCUCACUGAACGUGAGCACCGCCGCCUGCCCCAGACACAUCGUAAAGUGGCUGCUCUGGAAGUCCUGCUGCCAGGAAAAAGGGAGCUGAGGGGCUGGAGCUGCUGGGAGAGCUGAUGUUGCUGGGAGCAAGCGUGUCCCAGUGGGCGGCAGUGGGCUGGGAGUGUGGGAUUAGAGCCUAAAAUCUGCUUCCCAGCAGUCUUGUUCCCAUAACCCCGGGGUCUGGCUGCUGCUGGAGCUUGAUGUGGACACUUGACCUUCAUGUGGGCGACUCAGUGCAGUUUUGGGACUUAAAAGUGCAUUUUCAGCUAAAGGUGGCACUGGGGCUCUUCUCAGCCUUUUUUUAAGGGGGAGACCCUAAAAGAGGAGGCAGCAACACCCAGCUGCAGAACAGAACCAAAGGAAACCACGAUGGAGCCAUCGCUGAGUGAAUAGGAUUGGAAGAUGCUGUCACCCAUGUCCAUGGAGCAAAGGGUUCUGUCAGGGGGAGUCUCAACUGGGGUGGGGAAGGGGAGGGGAUAGGAACAUGGAUGGGAUGAGGAAGGGAAUGGGGAUGAGAUGAGGAUGGUAGCAGGAAGGGAGUGACGAUGGAUUGGUGAUGGGGAUAGGCAUGAGGGAUGGAGAAGUGAAUUGGGAUGGAAUAGAGAUGGAAACGGGAAGAGGAUGGAGGUGAGGAAGGGGAUGAGGGAUUGGGUUGGGGAAGGGACCCAGUGGCUGCUGCCCUCCUGUCCAGUCCUGCAGAGCUGCCUGGGGCCCACCUUGUGCUGCUGAGAUGCCCCAAAUGCCACCUGCAGAGCCAAGGCCACUGCAACUACCAGCCAUUAUCUCCUGUUUGCUUUGGGUGUUUGCUUUAUCGGGGCAUCACUCAGAUGACUUAAACUGUGGCCUUUAUAGGAGUCUUCUUGAAAUGUCAACAAAGAACAGAGGUGUGGCUUUGAUUUUUCUUUUUGUUCUUUGUUCUCCAAGGAGACAGAGAAGCAGAGCAGAGCCUGGCGAAGCUCCCUGCACUGGGACCCCUGCUUGCUGGAAACUGGAGCUGAUUCAGGGCAAUUAAAGCCAAGGGUUUUAUUGAAUUAAAGUGUGAAGGCAAAUGCAGCCAGCCUGCUAGGCAGCCCCUUCUUUUUUUGCAGCUAAUUCCAUUUUAUUUUUGCACCCUGUUCAUAGCCAUGCCUCACGGCAGGGGCUCGCUGGGCCCCGGCCCAUCUGCCCCAUGGCAAAGUGCUGUUAGACGUUUCCAAACAGCUCUCGUGGGCAAACGCUCGUGACUUCUGCACUAAUUCACAACUCAGAUGUUAGUAAACCUCUCCCUGCACCAAACACAUGUGGUAAGUUAAGAGUAAAGCAUUCCAGCACUGGUUUCCAUGAAAGGUUGGGUUAGCACCUGAGAGUCGACGACUUCCACCUGCUCAGCCUCCCUCACUCAGGCAGCAAAAUUACUUUUUUUUUUUUUUUUUAAGUAUAAAAUGUUUUUUAUAAGGUUGGAAUUUAUCAUAGAUGGCUGUAAUUGAAAAUUUAUCUUUUAAAUGAUUCCUUUGAUGCUGUGAGUCCACAAAUGAUGCGGUCAAUUAAGACGUGGGGCCUUGAGAGCUGACUCCAGCCUGGGUGUAAACCUCACUUUUAGUGCUCCUCUGGCCAGUUUGGGAACCAGAGAUGAACUGCAGCAACCAAACAAAACCCCAGCAACAGAUGGGGGCUUUUCGUUCAAGAGCUUUUUCCACUUACAUGCAUUCUGCUUUUGCAGGCUGAAUAAAACCUGACAUAUUCAUAAACUUUAAUAAACACAGUGUGCAUUUUACAUGUACAGGCAUGCCUGCAGACAUCCAUUCAUGGUUGGAUGAGGUGAUCUUAGUGGCCUUUUCAAACCUGAAUGAUUCUGUGAUCGCAAGAAGCUGCAGAACAGUGGAAAAAAGAUCAGAAAGAACCAGGGAAGGCAUCAGACCCAGCAGUGGUGGCUCCCACCCACCCCAAAGCCAAGCCCAAGGCUCACCCCAUGUCAGACCUCUGCAGCAUCCCCCCCCUGUGUCCAUGCUGGUGAACGGAGACAGACUGAGGUAGACAACAGCAGGAGCUCCGAUUGCAAAUAAAAAAAAACCUUUAUUGCAUCUUAGAAGCAAGUCUUAAAAAAAAAAAAAAAAAAGAAUUCCAUGCACUGAAUCCAUCCAAGUACCUACAUCCUUGGGACUGUCACCAAAAAACGAUGAACAUCUAAAAGACACUGAAUCUACACUAACUGCAGUUCAUAUUCCAUACACGUGUAAACAAUGGUUAUUUUUUCUACCAGAAUAGCAAUUGCUCCAUAAGAUCCCCUCCAACGUGGCAACAACCUUAGCAUUGGUUUCUCUCCUUUCUUUCGCUAUUCUCCACCUCCCAAAGGGUAGGCAAAGUGGGACUGAGAACAAUGAGACAAAAUGGUGCUGGAGGAUACGAUAGAAAAAUAUAUUGUUCGCUGGUUUUUAUUUUUUGUUUCUGCUGAGCAAGAUAUUUACAGGUAGGUGGGUCCCGAUACAUCACCUGCUUCAAUGACAAUGGCCAUUCACUGCGUAAGUCUCAGUGUAAAGGGUUCCCUUUCUGGCUUUAAGGCACUUUAUUUUGUAUGUUUGCUCUAACCUUGCUAGGUGUUCCUUCGUAGGGGUCGUCCUUUCCUUGUACUCAGCCUCCCCAUCCGCAGUUCCUCUCCAAAUACCACAAAGACUCCUCACUUUUCUGACAUCGUUCCAAAAAAUGUUAAAGAAAUUUAGGGGGGAAAAAAAAAAAAUCCAUUAAAAAAAA